AUGACUGCCAGGAACGUUUGGGAAACGAUAACAAGAAAGGGCAAACGUCCCCUAUUCUUGGAACUUCGUUCAUCAGUAACUUUUAUCAUUCUUAUGGUGUCAAUUGCCGUGUUCACUGACAUAUUUCCCUAUGCCGUCGUUGUGCCCGUUUUACCAUUUGCCUUGCAGACACGGGCAGGUGUUGCGGAGGACAAAGUGCAAUUCUGGAUCUCUGUUUCGCUGGCUGCUUUCGGUGCCGCUAUUCUCGUUUCUGCGCCGGUAUGGGGUGUUCUGGCAGAUAGAACAAAUGACCGACGCACGCCGAUGCUUGCUGGUCUUGUACUCCUCGGCUCCGCCACGUUCCUCUUGUGCUUCAUGCAAAAUGUUGCCAUGUUAAUCCUUGGACGAAUACUACAAGGCAUGACUAGUGCCCUGACUUGGUCUGUCGGCCUGGCUCUGGCUGUAGAUACAGUCUCGGCUGAGCGAAUGGGAUGGGCAAUGGGCUGGAUUGGGAUAGCCAUGUCCUUAGGCACAUUGACCUCACCUUUAUUUGGAGGUAUUGUUUACUCCAAAGGUGGAUAUUACGAAGUCUGGGCCAUGUGCUUUGCCCUCAUUGCUGCCGAUAUUGUCUUGCGAAUCUUGGUGAUUGAGAAGAAGCACGCAGCAAAGUGGCUGCAGCGAGUAGAAACAACACAAUCACAGCUCACCAAUGUACAUACGCCCACAAUCAACUCGAACGAAGAAGAUGCACGAGACAGCACUUCGCAAAAUCCAUCGUACGACCAUGAGAGCCUUGAUAGAAGGAAGAAGAGGCCGGGGUACUUAGGGGCCAAGGACACACUCGGGUUGUUCACUAGCCCGAGAUUGCUCGCCGCAUUUUGGGGCACGAUAGCCGAAGCCGUUCUUCUGUCAGCCUUUGACAGCACGCUUCCCAUCUUUGUCAAGGAUUUAUUCGGUUGGGACUCUACUGGGGCCGGCCUGAUCUUCCUUCCAUUGGUAUUGCCUACCUGUUUAGGCCCGUUUGUGGGAUACCUCUGCGAUAAAUACGGGCCUCGAUGGUUAUCUGCAUUUGGUUUCAUGUUUUAUAUCCCAUUCCUGGUUUGCCUUCGAUUUGUGUCGCAGAACACAAUGUCGGACAAAGUCAUGCUGUGUGGCCUUUUGGCUGGCGUCGGUGUUGGUAAUGCCUUCACUUUUGGGCCAGUAACUGCUGAAAUCAGCUACGCAGUCGAGGACCGUUACACGGGCCGAGAAACGAAGCCCAUUGCUCUGGGCUAUGCUCUGUACAAUAUAGCAUUUUCCGCAGGGGUCAUAGUUGGACCUUUGUUGGGCGGAUUUAUUAGAGAGAGUGCUGGAUUCUCGGCUGUGGGAUGGAGCUUGGCUAUCAUCUCGGGAGCCACGUCGAUUUGGUGUGCCUUGUUUAUUGGGGGACCGCCUCUGUGGGAGAUGCGGAAGAUGUGGAAGAAUAGCCAGCAGCAGCCUGACAGGGGAAGCUGCGUAUCAUAA